AGUUUUUCUCAUUCAUUUUAAACAUUACAGUAAUUCCAUUAAACAUUUGUGUUUCUUUAUUUCUGAAAUUUAACCCUGAAUUAUGAUUGAUUUAAGCAAUAAAGUAGCUUUGAUCACUGGCUCCAGUGAUGGGAUUGGAGCAGCAACAGCCAAACUCUUUUCAUCUUUAGGUGCUAAAGUGGCCAUUGUUGGACGUAAGCAAGAUAAACUGGAUAAAGUUGCUGCUGAAUGUGAAGCUAAAUCACCUCAUCACUACAAGCCUGUUGUUAUCAAGGCUGAUUUUGUUAAUGAUGAAGAUGUUGUACGAACCCUUCAAGAAACCAUUGCUGCUUAUAAACGCUUGGACAUUUUAAUCAACAAUGCUGGUCUUACUGGUAAUAAAGAUUUCCUUGAUGCCGAAGCUCUUAGUGACUAUGAUCGAACCCAUCAAGUUAAUGUCCGAUCUGUUAUCCGACUGACUCAAUUAGCUGCACCACAUUUAAUUGAAGCCAAAGGAUCAGUUGUCAAUAUUUCCAGUGUUGCUGGUUUAAAACCGUUUGCAACCGCUUGGUCUUAUUGUAUGUCCAAAGCUGCUCUCGAUAUGUUCACAAAAACAAUGGCAAGUAAAUUGGCUCCACAUGUUCGAGUUAAUUCAGUCAACCCUGGUCCAGUGCGUACCAAUUUUCUGUCUUCACUUAAUGUUGACCCAGAUACUAUAUGGGACGCUUAUGCCGCAGCACAACCUUUGAAACGAGUCGGCAAUCCAGAAGAAAUCGCCACUUUGAUCGCUUUCCUUUCAUGUGAUGCUUCUCGAAACACAACUGGUUCAAUUGUUGUAUCAGAUUCUGGAUCUUUAGUCGCUGAUCCAAUGCCACCUGCUUCUAAUAAUCAAUAAUCAGAGUUUGCUUUUCAUGGCUUAUCUCUUCGUUUUACUCGAUAAAGUAGCUCACUCAAUGGAUGAUUCAUUUGAACAUUUAUUUCAAUAUUCGAUGGUGAAAAUUUUCAAUGUUUCUGUCAAUAGUAAAAUUUGAUGGAAUUGAUAUGAUUCAUAUAUGCUGAUGGACGAAGUUGAUUUUGUCUUACAUAUUUGUUAGGAAUAACAUUUACAUUUUUGCUCUUCUUACCGGCUACAUGGUAAAAUAAAAGGGGAAAUUUUGACAUCUUUACAGUUUCAUUUUUUGAGUUAUAAAUAAAUAAAGUUGUUAUCUAAAAGUAA